AUGGCAAAGAAAAAGUCCAAGGUCGUGUCCAACCGUGGCUAUGCCACUACAUCAGCGCCCUCCAGAAAGAUAGAACCAGCGCCCAAAGCUGCUGAGGCAGUUACAGAAACAGCAUCUCCUGCAAAAGAGCCACAGGAUCCUUUCCAGGACAUUUUGACACCUGCCGCAGACACACCAGCAGCGCUUGAAGCAAAACCAGCAACGGAACCAACUGAAGACCCAGUGAUGAAAUUGAUGAAAAAGUACGAAUCAUUGAACGACCAUAAAGCACAGGUCGCAUUGGAGCGAUUGCUUAAGGAAGAUCCACAAGUGCAGCAACUUGCACCAGACAGACUCAAAAAGUUUCGCCUAACAGCAGAGCUGGAAAAGGAACUACUUCAAGUGAUCAAGCACAAGCACGGUGAUAUCUUUGGUAAAUUUGACCAGCCAGUCUUGAACAAUGCAAACGAGUACGAGAAGGAAAAAGUGGUCAGCCAAUUUGACGUCUUGUAUCGAGUGUUGAUCAAGCUUGGAUUCGACGAUGAAGAUGUGGCUGCUUCGUUUGAAGCCACUUUCUCCAAGUCUAUCGAUGAUCAUUUGGAUUGGCUUUGUGUUAAUGUACCUUAUGAAAGAAUGCCCAUUGGUUUCUUUGACAAGUAUUUCAAUGAGAAUGGGGAUGAUGAACAGUUGGUUUUACUAUCAAAUCAAGGCAAAAACAACAAGCAUGUGUUUGACAUGGAGCCAGCCAAAGAGGAAGAGCCAGCCGUGCUGGUGGAAAAGAAGUUUAACAAGCAGGAGGAGGACGACCAUGCCAUGAGAUCUCGUAUCUUGCAAGCAGCACAGCAGUACAUGGAUGAGGAGGAGGAUCUAGACAUCAAUGAACAAUAUGCCAAUACCAAACUGCAGCUGGCCGACCUGGAAAAACUGCUUCCAAACACAAACAAGGAUGAUGACAGUAAAAAGAAGAAGAAAAAGAAGUCUGCUGCUGAUUCAGAUGCUCAAAAGCAACCUAUUGUUCUCACUGACGCUCAACUCGAAAAGACAAGAAAGGACAUCAAGAAAUUAAAGGACAAAUUAGCUAGUUUAGAAGCUGAUUGGGAUUUUGAUAAAAAGGCAGCACAGGAAUUAUAUACAGAGAAGGUCAUGGCAGUUGCAGAAAAAAACCGUCAGGAAAAAAUAGAGGCUCAGGCACAAUUGAAGAAAAAGCAGCAAGAGGAAGCAGAGGCAUCCAGCGCUGCCACGGAGGAGGCAUCAGAAAAGGUGGAUGAUGAUGACGAGGGUGGAUUGUUUGGAGGUUUAAUGUUGGGAGAAGAAGAGGAAGCUGCCAUCAUGGCUACUACAACCACACCUACGACCGCAUCUACCAAUUGGAAUAUAGUGGAUCUCAGUGUGUCUAAAUCUUAUGUGGGUAGAUAUCCAAAAGACAUUAUGUUGGAUCACUGCAACAAGCAAAAAUUGGGAAAGAUCUCAUACAAUGCAACAAAUGAAGGCUCUGGUAUUUGGAGAGCCACUGUCAAAAUAGCUAAAGACGGCUACAAUCUUUUACUCAAGUAUGAGCUGCCUGAGGCAACCGGAGCAUCCAGUAAGCAAGAUGCUAUACAAUUGAUUGCAGCGUAUGCUCUUUUUGAAAUGGAUCCCACAUCGUCAGUAUACAAAGUGUUGCCUGUUACUUAUAGAAAUAUCUGGCAAACUUGGGCAGAAGAAAAGAAACUUCGUGAAGAUGGCCCUAGACUGGAAGCAGAGAGAAAGAGAUUAGCAUUGCUGGUGGAUCUGGUUGAAAGAUCUGCUGUCAAAUCCAACGCCAAACGCAAUUCAAUUACAGACGAUAUAUCAGAUACCAUUAUCAGUGACAAGGCUGUUACCAGUUCCAAGCAAAAAGUGCAGAAGCAACAAAAGAUGUUUGAUCGAGUCAAGCAAAACUUUGGCAAGCGCUUAGAUACCAAAGACUAUAUGGCCAUGAAGGACAAGAGAAAGGAUUUGCCCAUUACUGCUCACAGACAAGAGAUUUUAGACCUUGUCAAGAAUAACCAAGUGCUGAUCAUAUCUGGUGAAACUGGUUGUGGUAAGAGUACUCAAGUACCUCAAUUUCUAGCAGAGGAUCUAUUGAUGGGAUGCUUUGAUGGAGGAUCUGUUAUCUGUACUCAGCCACGUCGUAUCUCUGCCAUGUCCAUUGCCAACCGAGUCUCUGCUGAGAUGGGUGAUCGCCCCAGAAGUACAGGCAGUCGUGAUGCGAUGGUGGGCUAUCAGAUUCGAAUGGAAAACAAGGUCUCUGCUGAAAACGUCCUGCUGUUCUGUACAACUGGUAUUCUGUUGCGUCGACUGGAAAGCGACACGUAUCUGGAGGGCGUUACGCAUGUUGUGGUGGAUGAAGUGCAUGAACGUACCAUUGAAAGUGAUUUCUUGCUGGUCGUGUUGCGAAAACUGUGCCGUCUUCGUACGGAUCUCAAGGUGAUUUUGAUGAGUGCCACAGUAGAAGCAAGUCGAUUCUCGCAGUACUUUGGUAAUUGUCCAGUAGUCUCUGUGCCUGGUAGAACCUACCCUGUACAUGUGCAGUUUCUGGAGGACAUUGUGCAAGAUACAGGCUAUGUGCUGGAAGAAGAUUCGCCUUUUGCAGUAAGACGUGCGCGAGUCAAGACAGAGUCUGGCAAUAUCAAUGUCUCUGGCCAGCAUGGUUCGUCCAAGCGUGUCCACUAUGAGAUGUUUGAGGAAGACUCUGAUGAUGAUGAUCCUUACGACCCUACCCGCAUUGAAUCCAAGCUCACAGUCGAAUCAGCAGCCUCUACGGACACAGAAGAUGAUGAUGGCGAGACUAAAAAGUACAAUCGACAGACCAGAAAGAUGAUUAAACGCAUGGACGACAAGAAAAUCAACUAUGAUUUGAUCCUGGAGCUGCUGGAUCACAUUUGCAUACCUAAAAAGAGCAAGACAGGAGAGGAUAUUGCAGCAGACAAGGCCAAUGAACUGCAAACCAAAGGAUUCAACGUGCCGGAUACAGGCGCUAUUCUCGUAUUUUUGCCGGGUAUGAACGAGAUUCGCAAGCUGUAUGAUCUCGUUUCCAGUCAUAACGUGUUUGGCGAUGAAAAGAAGUUUUUGCUGAUUGCACUGCAUUCUGCCCUCUCAUCUGAACACCAAGAAAAGGCGUUUGAUGUACCUCCUGAGGGUGUCCGAAAGAUUGUAUUUUCUACCAACAUUGCAGAAACUGGCGUUACCAUCAGUGAUGUUACGAUUGUCAUUGAUACGGGCAUGGCCAAGGUGGUCAGCUACGACGACGAAAAGAGAGUUACUCGUUUGUUGCAGAAAUACGUAGCCAAGGCGAAUGCGCGUCAACGGCGUGGUCGUGCUGGUCGUGUACAAGAAGGUGUUUGUUUUCAUCUGUUUACAGAAAAGAAGUUUGAAGAGCUACCUACCUACGAAACACCAGAGAUCCUCCGUUUGCCCUUGGAGGAGCUGUGUCUUCGUAUCAAGGUGUGUGGUUUGGGUGCUAUUCGUGAUGUUCUGGGUGCAGCACUGGAUGCGCCUACCAGCAAGAUGAUUGACAACGCCAUCUUGACGUUGCAAGAAGUACAAGCCUUGUCUACCGAUGGCAAAGAGACAUUGACGCCCUUGGGUUCACAUUUAGCCAACCUGCCUGUGGAUGUUCACAUUGGCAAGAUGAUCCUGUUUGGCGCCAUCUUCCGCUGUCUCGACCCCAUCCUGACUAUUGCUGCUGCCCUCAGCUUCAAGAGUCCCUUUGUCAGACCCUUUGGUAAAGAAGACGAGGCCGAUGCCGCUCGUGAUCGAUUCCGUGUGCAAAACUCUGAUUUCCUGACCAUUUACAAGGCGUACCACGUUUGGCGUGAACAUUUGAUCGACUUGCGCGAAAACAAGGCUACCAUCUCAAGUUUGCAGAGAAAGAUGCGCCAAUUCUGUAAAGAAAACUUCUUGAGCGAGCAAAACCUAGAGAUGAUUGAAGACAUGAAGCGUCAGUACAUGGAGCUGCUGGUCAGUAUUGGCUUUGUCAAGUCGACAGACAAUGAUUAUCUCGCUCAGUUUGACGUGAAGCGACGAGGCAUUCAGCUGUGUAAAAUGCCAGAAACAUACAACACGUACAGCUUCUCCCUGCCAAUCAUCAAUGCUGCGCUAACCGCUGGUUUAUAUCCCAAGAUUGCAGAAUACGCACCCACCUCCAGACAGAUUAUCAACAAGAAUUUGGAGCUUUCGGUUCAUCCUUCUUCCAUGCUGUUCCGCAAAGAGCAUGUGUUUACUUCAGGCUUUUUGGUGUACAACACAGUGGUGAUGAAUAACGCCAAUGGACAAAUGAAAGACAAGGUCUACAUGUGGGAGGCAUCUUGCAUUGAUGCUGUGGCUGUGAUUCUGUUGGCUACUGGCAUUGACAUCAAGUACAAACAGCGAAAGAUCAUACUCGACAAUUGGAUCCACUUUGAUUGCUUCGCAAGAACUGCAGUUUUACUCAAGUUUUUGCGUCAGGAGUUGAAUAACUGGCUUGCUGAAAAAAUGGAUCAACCAGAUUUGGAUUUGAGUCAGCAUAACGAGGAUGUCUUGGAUGUCUUGGUGAGAACGCUUGAAUCAAAGACAUGUUGA